GUUAUAUAGUAAGAAAUUGUUUUCAGAGUUAAAGGCAGUUAAGUACAUUUCCAAGGUAAAGUGUGUGUGAGUAAAUAUAUGUUUUGUUUUUUUCACAAGCAAUGUAACCUUGUUACUUUCCAAAAUAAUAGAGAAUGGUACGUAUCAUUUUGCUGUCUUUUCUACAGGGCAUUAAAUAACCAUUAAAUAACCACUAUGAUUACUUCACCAAAGAUCAUUCUAUGGGCCAUCAUCAGCCGCAUUUUGUUCACAGCACACGGGGCUCUUUUGGUAUGGAUUGUGGUAGAAAUGAAGAAUGAUAAACUUUACUGGAUUCUACUCAUUGGUCUUCUUCUUCUGUGCUUGGAGCUGGUAGUGACAUUGGCUGCAACUGAAAAAGGGGAAUGGAAAUGGUUUUCUCCAAUGGUGUUUCUAUAUUUGACAGCAACCAUACCAUCUAUAUUUCUGUUGGAACUUGACUUUCUGCAAUACAGAAUCAUAAUGAGUAACUCAACACAGACAACUGAGCAGUUGCCAACGGAUGCUGCAACCUUCAUCAAGUACACGCCUUGGCUGAAAACUCUGGAACAGGUCAUGAUAUUAGUUAUAGUUAUGGGACGCUGGAUCAUGCCCAAGGGGGAGAUGGACAGAAGCCAACUUUCACAGUUACUGCUUAUCUACAUUGCCUUAGGAGCAGACAUACUGGAUAUUUUAAAUUUAAUCAAGGAACCACAGGUAGAAACCUGCAGAAUGGUAAACAUCAUAGGGCUAGCUAUCUUUAGCUGGGCACUCUUGCAGUUCACUUUAGUGCUCACUCAGACCCAGUCUUCAGAUUCAACAGAUAAUGAUGAAACGUCUUCUGGUAACUGCGGCCCAACUUGCUGUACAAGUGAGGUAUGGAGUCUGUUAAUAGCAAUGGUUAUGCAGGAUGGGCCCUUCCUUAUUUUUCGCCUUUAUGUGAUGAUUAAAGAGCAAGUGCUUAAUGAAAUGAUGAUCUUUUUCAUCUGUAAAAACAUUCUGACGGUGAUAAUAGAAAUAUAUAGGAUUAUUGUAAUACAGUGUUCUGAAAAGUCUCGUAAGAAUAAAUAAAUAUAUUUUUUAUCACAACAUACAGUACUGUUUUUUAGCACAGUACACUAAUAAUAUAUG